UUCCUUGAAAACCUGACUGACCGCUACUAAAAUGCUGUCUUUGUGGAAACUGAUUUAUUGAAACGCUAGAAAUUGAUUUAUAUGUUGUUAAUUAGCGACUAUUUUCUUAGCAAUUUCUUAUUCUGUCGAUAGGCACUCGGUUUCUGUUUACUAAACGAGUUAUAAAAGGUAGUCAAACUGUUAUCACGAAUCCAGCUCCAUGAGCACAGUAGGUAGGUACAUUUCAAGUUUCAAUUAAGUAUAUCGAUUAACUAUGUACGUACAUACAACCGUGGUACGUGCAUUUAUUAAAGCAUAAAAAAUAUAUUUAGGUACAGUGUUAUAUAUGAUUCGAAAGAAAAGUUUAAAUUGGUCCACAAUAAAAAGGCGAACCCAUUCCGUCGACCUACAUUAAACAUAAUUAAGACGUCUAUUUAUUGAGAAUGAGUUAUGAUAAAUUAGUUGUCUGUCCAAGAUCCACUUACCGUGUGAGUCGGUGCCAGUAUGGUAAUGACCACUUAGUCACCUGCCUCUUUACACCCACUCAGUCCUUCUCCUCAUAUCGACCACAACGCAUCAGCAGGUCAAAAUCUCUGCAAAAGGAAAAUAAACGGUAUACGAAACCGGCACGCGAACGAACCGAGACGUCAGUUGUUAUGACCCACGAUAACCCGUAUGCUGAUUAAUUUAACAACUUACUUAGAACAAUAAAAACUAGUUGUUGGUGCUAGUCCAGUGUUGUUUGUAUUUUUUCCGAUACGUGGAGUGCGUCAUGUGGACACGAGGAGUGUUGUCUAGAAAUAGACGGUGAAUCUAACUCAUGAUGGCUAAGUGUUUAGUGAUAAGUGUCUUGUUAUCUCUGACCCUAGUCGCGGAAUGUCUCGCAAACACCAGAAUUUUCGUUUCCGCGUGGUUCGUGUCAUCCCCUGAAAUCAGGCAUCAUCCACACAUCAUCUCACAUACUGACUCCAAAACACACAUGGUACAUUCACCUAAGGGCGGUGUUAGACGGAUAUUUACUGGAGAAAGCUGCGAAAUAGAUGGGCAACUUGGGAGUUGCAGCGCUCUGGAGAAAUGCAAGCCGCUGGUGGCCGAGGUCAAGAGAGCUGGCAGCCCCAUGCCUCUGCACAUGAGGAAGAAACUGCAGAAACUUAACUGUGGGUUCGAUUUCGAUGAACCUUUGGUCUGCUGUGUAUCAACAAGAGAUGACACUAAUGGCGCAGGAAAACCAAUGUGGCACAAUGUUGAUCCAGAUGAUGUUCCAAGUCGAGGAAAACCAAAACCAGAUGUUUGGAACAAGGGCCCAAAUCUUGUCCCCAAUCCAUUGGACGGAAACCCAUUUGUAGACGCUCCCCCUGAAAAUUAUCCCCCAGGUGACAUCCGAAAUCAUCCAAAUUUUCAUCUCCUGCCCACCGAUUGUGGUCUUGUAUAUGAGAACGACAGGAUACUUGGUGGAAAAAGGACGAGCUUAUUCGAAAUGCCGUGGAUGGUCCUCAUAGCUUACGAUUCAGCUCGUGGCAGGAAACUAAGCUGCGGCGCCACUUUGAUAUCAGAAUGGUACGUUCUUACUGCGGCCCACUGUGUCACGCUGCUGGGGGACCGGCUGACGCUGCGGGGGGUGGUGUUGGGGGAACACGACGUCAGGCAGGACCCUGACUGCGAGCGGACCGUCAAUAUCACCUCGUGUGCGCCCAGUGUUCUGAAUGUCGAUAUCGACGAAGUGCAAGCACACACUGGCUACACGCGGCAGACGCUGCACGAUGACAUUGCGUUGAUAAGACUGGCUGAACCAGCUAAUUUUAGUUUAGAUAGCAUGAAGCCCAUCUGUCUACCAACGACUCCAGAACUGCAAAAGCAGGACUUAGUGGGCCACCUGGGAGUGGUGGCCGGGUGGGGCGCCACGGAGGACGGGCUACAGUCCCCAAUACUACUCAGCGUCGAGCUGCCAGUGAUAAGCAAUAAGGACUGCAUGGCCGCUUAUAAUGGAACCAUUCGCUUAUACGACGGGCAACUGUGCGCUGGAGGAGUUCCAGACAAGGACUCCUGUGGUGGGGACUCUGGGGGUCCCCUAAUGUACUACGGGUCCGUCGGGGGCGUCGGUAAUCGCAUGGUGCAGCGGGGCAUAGUAUCCUACGGGUCCAAACGGUGUGGCAUUGGAGGAUUCCCUGGCGUUUACACAAGAGUGGGCAGCUACAUGAAAUGGAUAUUAGACCACAUGAGAGACUGAUGUGUACUUAUAAAGCCGAGUUUCGAGCGAACGUUAGCUUAAAUUAGACAUUAUAUUCUUAAAUAAAUGCAUCUAUAGUUAUUCGCAACAUCAAGGAUCAUAAGUAGUGUUUGUUUUCGUCCCGUCAACCAUUCUAAAUUGCACAUUUUUGGCCACGGCCAGCGCAUUAUUUGUGCUCUUCAUGAGGUCUCCCAAGGUGCUGGUCAAGAUGGACACUCGGUAAUAACUAGUGAUGGAUAGAUGAAACCAGAAAAAUACUCAUUUGGAUGUUAGGUAUGUUUAACUUAAAAAUAAGUGACCCGAAAUAAUAUUUUUAGCUUUGUUUUAUGGUAAUUUAUGAGAACUAUAUAACAAAAUUAGUGAGAGAAUUGUGAAAUAAAUUACUUUUGCGAAACUUUUUAAUGCGAUAUUUUUUCGUGGUUCAAAUAUACAUAUAAGUUUAUUAGGAUGUAAGAACGUACUUACACAUUUUAAUGUCUUAAAUUUAUAUAUUAAUUAAAUAGCCUCAUUAUGAUUAACCUUCUUGGUGUCUCUCUAAUAUUCAAAUAGAAGGUAUAUUUGGUGGAUGUUUAAAAUUUCUACAAGGGAAUAAUAUUCCUCAUCAUUUUUUACUAAUAAAAAUAUCUUGAGGAUCAUGACAUGACAUAUCAGUCAACAUUAAUUCUGUGAUCAAGAUAGCAGUUAUAAUCAUGGAAUUACUAAUUCCAUAGUUACAAUAUUAUUUUAUUUUGUUGACUUGCUGUGACACCUCCACCAUGCCAGAAUGAUAUUAUUGCUAGUCUUAUUGUAAAAUUAAUUAAACUUUUAUUUUAACUGCA